GACCUGCUUCAGCAACCUGUUAUGCUUUUUAUCAACCAAGAAGCAACAGAAAGUGGGAUACACCCUCAAAGUAAUGAGCCUAGUCUCUCGGUUGAUUCUUUUGAAAGGAGCAGGGGUCUUCUAAAUAUUGUCCUCGAUCAGAAGCAGUCAGAAGUGGACAGCCCUUCAUGGUUUUCUGAUUGGUGGAAGAAAGUAGAGAAUGUCGUACAAGGUUUGCACCUCGACGUGUCAAGAGAUACUGAUCUGUCUAGGAUCAUAGAAGGGGUUGCAGGUGUAAUCAAGGAUGGUCAGUGCUUCAAGUCCUCAUGCCUGUUAUACCUGGAUGAGUGGAAGCAACUCAGGCAAACAAUUGACAAAAUAUGUAGUACUAUUAUAGACUGCGUAGAUGUUUGGGCGGAUGCAAGCAAGAAAAUGGGGAAGAGAAGAGUAUUCUCAGAUCUUCUGAAGCUGUUGGAUAGCUGUGGUCUAUCAAAGCACAGAGCCUUGUUUAUGGAGGAGCAAUGGAGAGUCAAUAUAUUAAUGUGCUGGUUCCUCCAGCCAUCUUAUGAUGUUCAACAUCUGCUGCUAACACAAGGUCUACCAGCCUCUAGAGAUUCUGAAGUUAGUAGCAGACAGCUGCAGAGUUUACUAGAUGAGAGUUUGGAAACCAAAUGGAAAGCAGCCAACCUGUACUAUUUUAAGAGCAUCAACUCCGUGCAUGUUUUGCAGCAAAUUUGCCUGAGUUUCCAUAAGGAUUUUACUCUUGAGCAGGUUAAUAAGUCAGGAUCUUACAUUGACCACCUCACUAGCAUUCAACAAGAGCAGCGGGAGGUUGCUUAUGCUUUUUCUCAGCGACUCAAAUGUUUGAAAGAAUUGUUAUUGCCUUUAGCAACCUUAACUACUGGUGUUAUCCCUUUCACAAAUGUGAGAAGUGAUCGGUCAUUUGCCAAAAAUCAGUACAGCAUAUACGAGUGUCUAUGGCAACAGAAGCAACUUUUUGAUAAUUUGUAUGGCAUGUUGUAUGAAGAGCGCUUGUUUGUACAAACUGUUGAAGAUAGCCAUUUGAAUACUUGUUCAAGUGUUAAAGACAGCACAAUGCAGAUUCGCCUUUUCAUUGAGAAACACUUGCCCGUUGUUAAGGAAUCUAAGGAUUUGUUGGAUGGUCAUCUUAUUGACUUUCACGGAGUUAGAAGAACAGAAGAAAAUGCAUUGCAUCCUAUUGCCAUCACGAAGCACAUGGAGCAGUUGGUAUAUAAAAAUUUUGAUUUAGUCAAAGAAUUUGAGGUUGACUAUAGUGCUUUCCAUAGUCGAGAUGGAGCUGGAGCAGCUGUUAAGGAUAUCCUGCUUGGGCACUUUGAGGAGAUAUUUGACAAGACCAACUUCAUACAUAAUCAAUUUAAAGCAAGAAACACAUUUGAAGAUAGGGCCCAAGAUUCCAUCCAAUAUACGGGAGAUUUCACUGGACUUCAAGCUGAAUUUUAUAACACCUUGGAGAAUACAUAUAGAGCUAUCAUAAGCACUUUGAAUGGUCUUGUGCCUUUGACGAAUGGUCGUGUUCCUCCUGAUGAAGAGAAUAUCAAUGCAUGGAAAAUUCUCCUUGAGUCAGCAACAAGGCAUCUACAAUCAGACCUUAGUGAUCAAUUGGUGAAGACUAUUCAUCUUGGGGGAGAGUUAUUGAACUAUUACAGCACCGGAAAUGCGAGUUCCUAUUCGGUUGUCAGGGCACACGUAGAAAAUCUGUAUUCAUUGUUGGAUGUGAUCAUUGCCUUCGGCGAUGGUCUUCUGCAUGAUUUUCUUAUCAUGCAUAGAAUGCUAUCUGUGAUGACCCAUGUGCUGGCAAACGUUUUUACUUCGCUAUUUGCUAAAGGCUUUGGUACAAAAGAAGAGGACACAAAUGAUGCCAACCAGGAUUUAGUUCAAGAUCAAAGUGGAACAGGUAUGGGUGAGGGUAGUGGAAUGAACGAUGUCAGCGACCAGAUAAAUGAUGAAGAUCAGCUUAUUGGCACUUCCGCUGAUAGAGAUGAAGAAAGUACUCUUGGUGAGGCUCCAAAUAGAACUGACAAAGGAAUUGAGAUGGAGCAAGAUUUUGCUGCUGAUACCUAUAGUGUAAGUGAGGAUUCUGCGGAUGAUGAAGAAGGCAAUGAAGAAAAUGAAGAACUGGAAUCUGCUAUGGGGGAGACUGGUGAUCGGGGUGAAGUAGCUGAUGAGAAACUAUGGGACAAGGGUGAUGAUAAUCCCAGUACCAUGGAUGAAAAGUAUGAGAGUGGUCCAUCAGUAAAAGACAGCGGUAUCAACAGAGAGCUUCGAGCAAAGGAUGAUGCUGAUGAAGCAGGAGAACUCAAUCCCGACAUAUCAGAGGAGCAAGCUGAUGAAAAUGGCAAUGAUGAAACUUGCGAAGGGAUGGAAGACAUAAAUAUGGACAAAGAGGAUGCAUAUGCAGAUCCUACUGGAUUAAAGCCUGACGAACAUGAUCAAGGUCCUGAAGAGGAUUGUAAUAUGGAUGAACCAGAGAGUGCUGAACCGAUGGUGGAAGAUGAUUUAAACCAGCAAGGUGACCCUGCUGAGGAAAAGAAUGAGGGGGGUGAAACAGCUGAUUCAGAUGCAACUUUUGAUGAGGCGGACCCUGAGCAUUUGGAUGAAAAUCCUGGAGGAGCUGAUGAAGAAGGUGAUCAUGCAGAUGACACGAAAAAGGAACCAGCAGCACAAAAUAGAGAGAUCCUGCAGUCGGACACAUCUCAUUCUGUGAGUGAUAAUGUCCCAACUGCUGUGUCUGCAUCUGAGCCUAGAGGUGAGUAUAAUCAAGCAAAUUUGAAAGAUGCAGCUCCUGAAGCGAAGGGAUCUGAUGUUGGUGGGCCUCAACAUGACCUUGCUCCCAUGAGAGGUUUGCCUGAUGCCUCUAUGGUUGAAAUCAUGGCUUCUGAUUCUUCAAAUGACCAAAAGCUGGGCAGUGAUCAACCUGAAAAUCCUUUACCUCCAGCUGAUUCAUCACACCAACGGAUUCAGCCAAAUCCUUGUCGUAGUGUGGGUGAUGCCCUCGAGGGAUGGAAAGAUAGAGUCAAAGUCUCACUUGACCUACAGGAGAGCGAAGCUCCAGAUGAUAUGGCUGCUGAAAAUGCAAAUGAAUAUUCAUAUACUGCUGAAUUUGAAAAGGGAACAGCUCAAGCGCUUGGGCCAGCAACUGCUGAUCAAGUAGACAAAAAUGUACAUGGAAACGAUCUUGAAGGGGAAAAUGCAACUACAGAGAGAAAAGAUGACAUUUCUGAAAUGGAGAUUGAGAGGCAGCUGUCUGAAGCACAUACUAUUAGUAAUUCCACUUUAAGUUUCUGCAAUGACAAGGGCAAGCAAUCAGAGAUAAUGGACACUGAGGAGCAACCUGAAUCACCAUCAGAGGUUGAUGCUAGAGAUGAUACUGGUGUCACUAGUUUGUCUCAGAGUUUGGUCUCAGUGAAGAGGACCUUUUUGGUGGAGGACAUAAAUCGGCUUAGCGAGCUCUCGGUAGAUGAUGACGACCUAGGCAAGGCCCAUAACCUUGAAGAGGUAUCUGAUGAGAUGAGAAAGAAUGCUGCAACUCUCUGGAAAAAUUAUGAACUUCGCACUACGAGGUUGUCCCAGGAGUUGGCUGAACAGUUACGUUUGGUAAUGGAACCGACUUUAGCUAGCAAGCUCCAGGGAGAUUACAAGACCGGGAAAAGAAUUAACAUGAAGAAGGUAAUUCCAUACAUAGCAAGUCAUUACCGUAAAGAUAAGAUAUGGCUAAGGAGAACUCGGCCUAACAAACGGAACUACCAAGUGGUUAUUGCUGUGGAUGACUCCCGCAGCAUGUCUGAGAGUGGUUGUGGACAUUUAGCCAUUGAAGCAUUGGUGACUGUUUGCCGUGCAAUGUCUCAGUUAGAAAUAGGACAGCUGUCAGUUGCCAGCUUUGGUAAGAAGGGAAACAUUCGCAUAUUGCAUGAUUUUGAUCAGUCAUUCACUGGAGAGGCUGGUAUUAAGAUGAUCUCUAGUUUGUCUUUUAAGCAAGAAAACACAAUAGCAGAGGAACCCAUGGUUGAUCUUUUGAAGUACUUGAAUGACAUGCUCGAUGCCGCUGCUGUUAAUGCACGGCUACCAUCUGGGCACAAUCCGCUAGAGCAGCUCGUUUUGAUAAUAGCUGACGGCUGGUUUCAUGAGAAGGAGAACAUGAAACGCUAUGUCAGAGAUCUCUUGAGCAAAAAGCGAAUGGUCGCGUUUCUUGUGGUGGAUAGCCUACAGAAAUCCAUACUGGACCUUGAGGAAGCUACCUUUCAGGGUGGAGAAGUUAAGCUUACAAAGUAUUUGGAUUCGUUCCCAUUCCCUUACUAUGUUGUGCUCAAAAACAUUGAAGCACUUCCUAGGACGCUUGCUGAUUUGUUAAGACAGUGGUUUGAGCUUAUGCAACAGUCGAGGGAAUAGGUUGCUUAUAUAACACAUGAUUCCUGUGAGAACCCCGAGAUAUAUGUGUACAUAAUACCUUUCUCGGCCUUUCGUCGAAGAUCAAGUGUACAGACAGACACAUGUAUAUGGGAGAAUCACAUCCUCGCAAUCUGUCUCCUUAACAUACAGUGCAGCUUUUCUUGGCUUGAGCUUUCCUUUUCCACUGGAGGGGGUGCGGGGUUGUG